ACCGGUGCGUUGUUGGAGUUUUGACGUGGCACUAGAUUGAAUAACACACGGUUCAUAGAAAAGCAUCCAGCAGAGCAACACAGACACACAGAUUCCCCAAAGUCUGCCUUUUGUAAUGAGAAAAUUCUAAAAUGAGUCAACAAGGUUACGUCGCGACUCCACCUUACUCUCAGGCUCAGCCAGGAAUUGGAGGCUACCCCUCUGGCUUUGGGUCAACAUCUUCUCAACCUCUCUAUGGCCACUAUGGGGGAUCACCACAGAUGUUCGCUCCACCACAGCAAGGAGUGCUGAAACCAGUUGCUUCUGUUGGGUCUCCAGUCUCUGUCAUGCCUCCACCUCCUGGCCCAAACCAGUUUAGCCUGGGUAAUCAACAUAAUGGGUUUACUACAGCAGGAGCUCAACCACAAAGGUUCCCUCCUACUACAGCAGUUGGUGGCCAGCCUCCACUUUCCCCAUACGGGCAGCCUCCACCGACAACUUAUCAAAAUUCAGCCCCUCCCUUAUCCACACAGCAGUUGACAAAUCUGACGGGAGCCAUGCAAAUAAGUGGAUAUGGACCUGGUGCAAUACAGGGUUAUCAACUACCCCCCAGCUUAGCAGCACAGCCAGCAUUCCCACCUCCAGCAUCACAACCGAUGGCACAUCCUCCUAUGCCUCCAGGAUCUUAUGCCCCACAAAUGACCCUGUCCUCCCCAACAAUCAGCCCACCUACCAUGGGUGCAAUGCCUCCAGGACCUCCUAUUGGGAUGCAGGGUGGUUUUUCUGGACCCAAUCCAGUAAAUGCUGGUUUUCAGCAGCCUACAGGACAAGUUUCUCCUCAUGGAUUCCCCCAACAGCCAGGUUCAUUCGGGGGGCAGAUGACAGGACCUCAGCCAGGCUUUCCUGGAGCUUUUCCAGGGGGCACAACACAAAUGGCCGGUCCUCAGCAGAAAAAAUUGGAUCCUGACUCUAUUCCCAGCACGACCCAAGUCAUUGAGGAUGAUAAAGUACGAAGAGGAGGACAGACCUACACCACAAACAUCAGGGGGCAAGUUCCUCCCCUUGUCACAACAGAUUGUUUGGUUCAAGAUCAAGGAAAUGCAAGUCCUCGUUUUAUUCGCUGCACAACAUACUGUUUCCCAUGCACAUCUGAUCUUGCCAAACAAUGCCAUGUUCCUCUGGCAGCAGUCAUGAAGCCCUUAGCAACAGUUCCACAAAACGAGGUACCCUCUGGGCCGGGUAUUGUACGGGGAUGUGGGCCCAUAAGAUGUAAUCGCUGCAAGGCUUACAUGUGUCCGCUAAUGCAGUUUAUUGAUGGUGGUCGCAGAUAUCAGUGCUCUUUCUGCAGCUGUGUCAAUGAAGUGCCGCCAUUCUAUUUCCAACAUCUGGACCAUGUUGGCAGGAGAUUGGAUUACUAUGAGAGGCCAGAGCUAUCACUAGGAUCGUACGAAUUUAUUGCUACUUUGGAAUACUGCAAGAACAACAGGCCUCCAAACCCUCCAGCUUUUAUCUUCAUGAUUGAUGUGUCGUACAGCAACAUUAAGAGUGGUCUGGUCAAAUUGAUAUGUGAGGAACUGAAAACAUUGCUGGACAGACUUCCGAGGGAGGAGCAAGCAGAGAAGUCUGUAAUUAAAGUUGGAUUUGUUACCUACAACACGAUUCUCCACUUCUACAAUGUAAACAGCAACUUGGCCCAGCCCCAGAUGUUGGUGGUCUCAGACGUGUCUGAGAUGUUUGUGCCUCUGCUUGAUGGCUUCCUUGUAGACUUUCAAGAAUCUCAAUCAGUUAUUAACAACCUCUUGGACCAGAUUCCAGAGAUGUUUGCUGACACCAAUGAGAGCGAGACUGUUUUUGCCCCUGUCAUCCAGGCUGGCAUGGAAGCAUUGAAGGCUGCAGAGUGCAGUGGCAAACUAUUCAUCUUCCAGUCAUCCAUUCCCACAGCUGAAGCACCUGGGAAACUGAAGAACAGGGAUGACAGGAAACUGGUGAACACAGAGAAAGAGAAGAUCCUGUUCCAGCCCCAGAAGGGUGUUUAUGAGAGUCUGACCAAGGAGUGUGUGGCAAACAGCUGCUGUGUGGACCUGUUCCUUUUCCCUAACCAGUUUGUGGAUGUGGCCACACUGGGUGACAUCCCAAUGCAUACAGGAGGAGCCCUUUACAAAUACAACAACUUCCAGAUUCAAUCUGAUGGGGACCAUUUCUUGAAUGACCUGAGAAAAGAUGUUGAGAAAAAUAUAGGAUUUGAUGCGAUCAUGCGUGUCCGGACAAGCACGGGAUUCAGAGCAACUGACUUUUUUGGUGCCAUAUAUAUGAACAACACCACAGAUGUUGAGAUGGCAGCAGUGGACUGUGAUAAAGCAGUAACUGUGGAGUUCAAACAUGAUGACAAGCUCAGCGAGGAUACUGGAGCCUUAAUGCAGUGUGCUUUGCUGUACACAACUGUUGGUGGCCAAAGACGACUGCGUAUCCACAACCUGGGUCUAAAUUGCAGCUCCCAGCUUGCUGACCUGUAUAAGAGCUGUGAGACAGAUGCCCUUAUCAAUUUCUUUGCCAAAACAGCCUACAGAGCCAUGUUGAAUCAGCCUUUGAAGGCAGUGAGAGAGAUCCUGGUUAAUCAGACUGCACACAUGCUGGCCUGUUACAGGAAGCACUGUGCCAGCCCGUCCUCAACCAGCCAGCUGAUUCUUCCAGAUGCUAUGAAAAUCUUUCCAGUCUACAUGAACUGCCUGAUGAAGAGCUAUCCUCUGGUCGGUAGCCCAGACAUUUCUAUAGAUGAAAGAGCUUAUCAGAGGCAGUUGGUGAUGUCCAUGGAUGUUGCUGAUUCCCAGGCUUUCUUCUACCCAAGACUUAUACCUGUUCACAAUAUUGAUGUGAACAGCGAUGUGAUGCCCUCUGCUGUCCGAUGUUCAGAAGAGCGCCUGUCUGAGGGAGGAAUCUUCCUACUGGAGAAUGGCAAGCAUAUGUUUCUGUGGAUGGGGCUGGCCUGCCCUCCAGAGGCCAUUCAAAGCCUCUUCAAUGUACCUUCGUUUGCACAUAUCAACACAGAGGCAACAACACUUCUAGACCUAGACAAUCCCUACUCGAAAAAGCUCAGGUCAAUUAUUGACAACAUACAUCGGCAGAGGCCUCAUUCAAUGAAGCUGAUGAUUGUAAAGCAAAAAGACAAACCAGAGAUGAUUUUCAGACAGUUCCUGGUAGAAGACAAGGGCUUGUAUGGAGGUGCUUCCUACGUGGAUUUUCUGUGCUACGUUCAUAAAGAGAUCAGACAACUACUCACCUAAAGAUACUGCCUCAGCACAUUCCACUCAUCUCUAAAAACUGUGCCAUUAUAUUGGAUUCUGCUAAAAACAACGGCUGUCUUUUAUCCAGCAAAGCAGAUACUUAUUUUAAGGGAGUUCAUCAUUUAUUGAAAAUGUAACCAAAAUAACAUUUUAAAUUUAUUUUUGCCUUGUCAAGAUCAAGUGCUCUUAAAAUUCCUAUGUACAAAUCAGAUUGCUUACUGGUUUCUAAAUCUAUCUUAAUUCCUACCUACUAUAGUGCCAUUAAAUAAACAAGCUCUAUUACCACUCGGGGCGUGGGGGUGUAUUACAAACAGUCUUCAUCCCAGCAGAGUAAAUGUAUUUUAAAAUGUGCCAGUUGGAUUUUAUUAUUUAUUCAAAGCCCUAACAAUUUCAAGGUUUCACAAAAGUUUGUUUCACUUCCAUUUUAGCAAAAAAAAAUAAAACAUGUGUUCCACAAUUGAUUUUUGUUUUAUUUGGUAUUAUUGUUUACAUAUGUGCAUUAGGUUGAGCUGUGUAGGUUAUUUCUUCUUUGUUGUUAUCAUUGUUUAACACUUUGUCAUAGUAUGUUUUGUAUUAUAACACUGUGUAACAAAUUUUUUUUUUUUUUUUUUUUUUUU